AUGAAUUUGGCUGGGGAAAGGGAAAAAGAUGGAAUAAAUGACAAUCCCUAUCAAGGUGGAAUAUUUUUCUUGACAGUUCACUUCCUAACAGAUUAUCUUUCGAAACACCAGCUUGCAUUUACAACAAGAGUCUGUCACCCAAAUAUGAACAGUAGUGGCAGUAUUUCUCUUGAUAUUCUAUGGUCACAGCUGUCUCUAGCACUACCUAUUUCAAAAGUACUUUUGUCCAUCUCUUCUCUGUUGUACGAUCCAAAUCUAGGUGAUCUGUUGAUGCCUGAGAUUGCAAGGAUCUAUGAAACAGAGAAGUACAGCAGGAUAGCCUUGGGGUGGACUCAGAAGUAUGCAGUCUAAUUAAAGAAAUUAUUGGAUCAGCUCUACAAAUAAAGAUAGGGGACCUCUGAAGGAGAAAGUCCUUUUGAUUUCCAUUUGACUGCUUUCUAUGAGCCCACACUUCAUCCCCUGUGCCACGUGGUUACCUGAUACAGCAGUGCUGC